CCAGCAUCAGAUCUGCCCCCCACACACGGCCUGUAAGGCACCACAGUCACACGUCUGUUAACCUCCAGCGGAGCCGCCAGCGUUGGGAUCCUCAGUGUCCCUCAGACAGGAUGGGCCUCCUGCUCCUGCUCACCUCCACGCUCCUGUCCAGCUACUUCCAUCCAGGGAGAGUGGUGAACGCACAGCAAUCAUUCACGAUAAGAGACAUCACCCUAUCCAUCGAGCCCAGUACCGAAGUGACCCGGGACACCAAUGUGACUCUGAGAUGUCAGGCCAUCGUCAGUACCUCGGGCCAGGAGCCGCUCAGCCGUGAGUACACCAUAUACAAGGACAGCAACACAGUCUACACCAAGACCUCCAGCACCUCAGAAGACCUUCUGUACCCGCUGCCCGAGGCCAGAGUCUCCAACACCGGCAAAUACAAGUGUGCAGUCAGCAUUGAGGGCAAACAGGUGACCAGCGAAGCAAAGAAACUCACAGUGACAGGCCUGUCAAAACCAGUUCUCCACCUUAACAAAGGUGUGGUCAGUGAAGGGGAGGAGCUAACGGCCAGGUGUAUGGCGCCAGGCGAGACAGGCUCCAUUUUCUUCUACUUCUACGAGGACUCCAAAGAAAUCCUGGAGAAGCAGGUCAACUCCAACCAGGCAGAGGCCAAGCUUCGCUUCAGCAGCAUCGGCAUACACAAAAUUCACUGUGCCUACAUCGUUCUCGUAACGCCGGGCUCCUUCAAGUCCAACCAAAGCAACACCAUCACUGUUUCAGUCAAAGAGCUGCCCAUCACAGUGGUUUUGGAGAUUGUCCCUCAGUACAAGAUCUACGAAGGAGACCAACUCGCCAUAUCGUGCACCGUGAGCAACUUUCUGCACAGCUCUGAAAAUGUCCACCUCUACCUGAGCCAGGGGACCCGCCUUCUCAGCAUUGGAGACACCAAAGUCAACCACAGCAUGGUCGCACAGGCAAAGGACCCCGGAGAGUUUGAGUGCAGAUUGGAGAUGGGAAAUGUAGUGAAGGUCACCACAAAGACAGUUUCAGUGAUUGAGCUGUUUUCAGUGCCCACUCUCACCAUGUCUCCAGCUGAAGUCUUUCAAAGGGAAUAUAUGACUCUAACCUGCAAAAGUGACAGCUACGCCUCAGAGAGACUCAGCCCGGGACAGCUGACUUACAGUCUUGAUCCACGCCAAAGCUUCCUGAUGCCCAAGGACAAUGGAGUGUUCUUUGGCAAGGCCCUGCUGUACGAUUUCAACUACACCUGCGUCGCUCAGGCCAAGGGCAUCGUGAAACACAGCGAGACCCUGACUGUGCGUCCCAAAGUUGCUGUCUCCAUUCCAAAGAUCUCGGUGGUUGGCAGGGCAAUCCUGGGACAGCCCUUUAUGAUCCUCUGUCAGUCAGACACCGGCAGCCUGCCGAUAAACUACACCCUGCUGAAGGAUUACACCCCGCUGAGCACAGCCAGCGUCAAGCUGCCUUUUCAACAAGCUGUCUUCACGGUCAACAUCACCAAGGCUAAUGACAUGAACAAAUACAUGUGCGAGGCAAAGAAUAGUCACAAGGAAGGCCCCCUCAGUAAAAGACUCAACGCUACGGUCAUAGAGCCCCUCACAGACCUGAUUCUGACCUUCAUCUCCGACUCGCAAGAAGUUUCUGAGGGAGGCUACAUCAUCUUCAUAUGCAGCACGAGAGGCACACCGCCGAUCACCUUUAAGCUGUACCGUGAAGGCACCGAUCACCCGCUGUAUAUCAAAACCUCCAACCUGAACCACACGAGCUACGAGGUCCCUGUGUUGUCCAAAGAGCAGAGUGGCAAGUACUACUGCGAGGCUAUCAACCACGCCAACGUCGUCAUCACCAGUGAGCCGGUCUUCAUAGAGGUGCACCUGGCGUUGUGGAAGAAAGCCAUGAUUGGGGGCUUCAGUCUGCUGGUGGCGUUGGUGUUGCUGGUGGUGGCUGUGCUGUACUUCAGAUCCAAGAGAGGUAAAAGAGACGCAGCUGCUGAAUUGUCAGUAAAGCCUUCGAGCCCUAAAUCAGAUGACUCUUUAACAGUGAAUCUAACCCACGACACAGAGGUUUAUAACGCAGCCACAGUGAGGGUGGACAGAGCUGAGGUCAGUGUGUGGAGCAAGCGACCGCCUGACGCUGAUGCGACCAAUGACGAGGAGAGCAGCGUGGUGUCCAACGAGCCUGAUGUGGAGUACACUGAGGUGGUGCACCCCCGGCCAGCAGACCCUGCCAGAGUCCCACUCAGAAAAGGCACAGACACAGUGUACAGCGAGCUCCAAAACUCUCCACAUGGUGCUGCUGACCACCAUGGCUAUCAGGGUUCAGUGGAGUACGCUGAGCUCAACGGUGAACAACCGGAGGCCGAUCACUACUAUCCAGAGGUCAACAACUACCAGGACCUGCCGGCGCCUGUGGAUUAGCCUUCCUGUCUUCACACACAGCUCUGUUUUUGUCAGCUGUACUGAGCACUCCCUCCGAUCAGUGACACAACUGACUGCUACGUUAGCUGUAAAUAUUUUUGCAUCUUAAUAAACGGCUGUCACACAUCUUUGCUGUGUUUGCCGGCGCCUUUUUCUUGUGCGAUGUCGGGCCAUGAUGCGACAGCUACAAAGGAAAGUGAUAAGCAGAAAGUGACUCGGCUAUCACCGCCAUCAGGAAACCAUCUUCUUUCUCAACUGAAGCUUGACUGGCUUUAUUUUGCAUUGUCAUUGUCAUCUUUCAUGAUGCUGUGUAGUCACACACGUUGAUGCAUUCAGAAUUCAAAUGUUAGCACGGGACUCUGGGAUGUUCCUCAGCUCUGUUCACACACACACACACACACACACACACACAUCCUACUGCUGAAUCACAUACAAGGACAAAAACAGCAAGAACUGUCAAUGAAAGGAGGUGCUCAGCAGCACGUGCUCUGUUCAGUAACAGGAAGCUGUUGUUGUUGAGUCUGGUAACUGCUUAAAAAAACACAACUUUUAAUAUGAUACAGUUCCACGUUUUGUGAGUGUAACACUAACCACAAGAGCUGACUCUUUCAGUCAAUGCACUGUAUAUUUCAGUAGUGAUUUUACUAGUAUUAGUCACUAGGGGGCACUGUUGCACCAAUAAUAUAAAUCCUUCUUCUCCUUCAGUUCGCUGUUGUUUUCAAUGUUGGUGGCUUAUGACACCAUCUUGUGGUACAAUAUUGAAUUUCACUAUAGGAUGUUAUGACUGUAGAAUCACCUCUUAUGAUAUUACAAGACCUUGAAAACGACAAAUUACAAAUGCAAAUGAUUUGAAAACGAUUACAGUUACCAGAAACAAGUAAAGAAAAUGAAUAUUUGAAGGAAAAUAUGGUAAAAUAGCCAAAGUCUAAGAACAUUUAAAGUACAUCACAGUCACAUGUGCAACCAAAAAACACAUUUUUUUUAAUACCAGAUAGUCCACAAAAGCUGUGAUAUAUUAUCAUAGGGGCUUCUUUUCUGAUACGUAAUGUUUUUUAGUUUAUUUUCAUUUUAACUCUUGCUUGAUUAUUCAGUGUCAUUAAUCAUUUCUAACUUCUGGUGGCAGCUCACCCUUGAAACAGUUUGAAUUCUUAGACUGAUAGAAUUUCUUUUUUUUUCAUUAAAUUUUUUGGUUGUGACUUCAUAUCUUGUGAUUAUAUACUGUACCUAAGGGUACUUAAUUACCCCGUACAGUGUGGGUUUAUAGUCAUUAAUAUUUUUAUACUAAAAAUGGAUCACAUGACUAUGAAGGGUGUGGUUUUAGUGAUGAACCCUUUUAGCUCAUUGUUUUGGAUCUCCAGCUUCGCUCUCAUCAACCUUAUUUCCAGCAGCAGCACGCAGCUGUUUUUUUGUAUGCACCAAAUAGCAAACUGAAGAAACUGACAACUAACUGGUGAAUAUAAUGGAACAUUUAGCAGUCAAGGAGACAGUUAUUUCCCUCAGGAGAUGGUGGAGAUCAAAACAGAGAAAAAAGUGAGUAAAUAUUUGACUUAAAUUCACCCAGGGCCCAAAAACUGAAUUCUUACGUUGCUCUGAGUCUGUUUGAUGUGUAAUUAGGCAACUGCUUUCUAGCACAUUCACCAGAACAACUUUAUAACGUGACAAUAUGUCUGCAUCGUGUUUUCAGCAGCUAUUAAUUAAAGCAGCUUUAAAGCAAGA